AUGGCUUCCCAACAUCAACAGACCCCGGCCUUCAAGACCGACCGCUACAUCGUCAUCCACGUCGCCACCACCUGCGACGAGCACGGCGUCUACGUGACUAAGGACUCGGCCGAGGUCAUUGAGCUGGGCUGGAUCCUGCUGGAUGCCAACAGUCUGGAAGAGCUUCACCGCGAGAGCAUCCUCGUCAAGCCCGUCAAUACCCCCAUUACUCCCCUAUGCACGAGCCUGACCACGCUCACAUGGGAACAUGUCCGCAACGCCGGCACCUUCAGGGAUGCCAUCAACCGUUUCGAUGCCUUUGUCAACGAGCAUCUUACCUCCCAGAACCUCGACUUCGUCUUUGUUACGCUGGAGGCUUGGGACCUGCGUGUGCAGCUCCCGCGUGAGGCCCGUGACAAGUCGGUCGUGCUCCCUCCAUAUCUGCAGCACUCUCGCGCCUUCGAACUCCGUACCGAAUACCAGCGUUGGCAGCAGCAUCACCCAGAGUCGCUGCCCUUCGGUCCUUCGUCGCUGGCCAACAUCUGCGCUGCCCUUGAGGUCGAGCCGGUGCAGUCCAGCGCCCCCAUCAAGCACAAUCUUCCCUUCCAUCUGCAGUCGCUGGCUCCGGCCUCGCCUCGUCGUGCCCUCGAGGAGGCCCUGACUCUGGCUCGUGUGCUGCGUGGUCUGAUCCGCAAGUCACAGCCUCCCCAUGAGCACCCGGAUGUGCUCACCCGUCCCAUGGACGCCCGCGCCGAUGUGCGUGCGUUCCUUGCCGAACGGAGCAAGGUCCUGCACCUCUCUGGCCUUCCUCAUGAUACCACCCAGUCGGAGCUAGAGAGCUGGUUCACCCAGUAUGGUGGCCGCCCCAUCGCUUUCUGGACGCUGCGUACGCCUGAGCAGCACAAGCCUACCGGCACUGGCUUUGCCGUUUUCUCCUCUCAUGAAGAGGCAGCUGAGAGUCUGUGCAUGAACGGUCGUGCUUUGAACGAGAAGGCCAUCGAGGUCUCUCCGUCGUCGAGUCGUGUCUUGGAUCGCGCGGCUGAGAUUCUCACCCCGUUCCCUCCUAGCAAGAACCGCCCUCGUCCCGGCGACUGGACCUGCCCCUCUUGCGGUUUCUCCAACUUCCAGCGCCGUACUGCCUGCUUCCGUUGCUCGUUCCCAGCCGUCACUGCUGGCCCGGCUGGCGAGCUUGCCUACGGUUACGGCUAUGCUCCUCCCAUGCUUCCUCCCCCUCACCACAUGGCCCAUCACGGCCAUGCUGGUGGCCAUGGUCGCAUGGGCGGUUCCGGUGUUGUUCCCUUCCGUGCUGGUGACUGGAAGUGCGGUAACGAGGUCUGCGGCUAUCACAACUUCGCGAAGAACGUUUGUUGCCUGCGUUGCGGCGCCAGCCGUGCUGGUGCUGCUGUCGUUGCCGAUUCAGGUUAUCCUUCCCCGAUGGAUCCCCCUUCUGCCUACGGUAUGGGCCAGUCUUCCAUUGGUGCUACUCCGGGUCCUGGGCCUUUCGGUUCUGCCGCCGCUGGCUUCGGCUCUGGUGCUGGCUACAACCAGCACUUCGGCGGCCCUCCGAGCACUUAUGCCCUGCCGUCUGGCCUGGGCGGCGGUGCUGCCCCUUACCCUCCCCUGAACGCUCACUUCGGCCCGGCUCCGGGUUCGCACUCGGCGGGCCCGUUUGACAGCCGUGCGGCCGAAGCUGCAUUCCAGUCUGCUGGCAAUGGUCCUGCAUCUGCUGGCCCAGCGAACAACUUCUACUCCCAGAACGAGUCGGAUCCGUUCGCUUUCCUCUCCUCGGGCAUCAGCAGUCUGUCCGUCAGCAACCAGGAUGCUCGCCAGAAUGGCGGCUCUGCUCCUCCGAGCAAGUCCCCGGCGUAA